ACCACUGCAUUACUUUUGUUUUGUUGUGUUUAACAUCAAUGCCGUUUAGUUCCUGUUUUGCUCAUCUGUAGGGUUUAUUGUGUUACCAUGACGACACAGCAGGGCUUGCGGUUGGACUUUUGACUCUGGGAUUAAUCUGAAACCAUCAUGAUAUUUACAAGCGUUGUUUGCUUGUAUGAUUUAUGAGCACAUGAGAAGUGUUUUACAGCCGUCUUUCUCUGUGUGGAUUUAAUCCUGGUCCAGGUUAUCUGAAACACAUCACGGGAACUGUCAGAAACUAGGGUGUAACGCACGUUAUUUGUGGAAUUCUUGGAUUGCUUUGCUUGGCUUAAUGUGUUGUUGGAACGGGUUUGGGCUGAAUUACAUUCCCUGUUUUUACAGACCGCCUCACACCGAUUCCUACAAAAAUACAGACUCAUCGCCAUGGCGACCUGUGCACCCAUCAGAAUGCGUGUCUUUUCUCUCAACUGCUGGGGCAUCAGAUUCCUCACCAAACAACGCAAAGAGAGAUUUCUCAUGAUCAGAGAUCUGCUCUUUCAUCAACAGUUUGAUGUGGCUUUACUGCAGGAGGUCUGGUGUGAGGCGGAUUUUCUCUUCUUAAAGGAGAAGCUUGCCAAUGUUUAUCCUCAUUCACAUUAUUUUAAGAGCGGGUUUAUCGGGAGUGGACUGGCCGUCUUCUCCAGACACAGAAUUCAUGAUGCUUUUCUCUACAGAUACUCAUUAAAUGGUUAUCCUUACAUGGUUCAGCAUGGUGACUGGUUUGGUGGUAAAGCUGUCGGGAAGAUCGUGCUCGGAAUAUCUGGACUGACAGUUCAUGUGUUUGUCACUCAUCUUCAUGCAGAAUACAGCCGAGAGAGAGACUCGUAUCUCCCACACAGAGUCGUGCAGGCCUGGGAGCUCCUGCAGUUUAUAAGGCACACUAUUGCCGGAGCUGAUGUGGUGAUCAUGGGUGGAGAUUUGAACAUGCAUCCGGAUGAUCUUGGUACCAGACUGUUGAGGAGCUACACGGGACUGAAGGACUGCUUCUCAGAGACCGACAGCUUUGAUGGAUGUGAGGGAGGCAACACACAUAUAAGCGAAAACCCCUUCACAAACUCAGAUGAACUCGUUCCAUUUGGUGGAGGAGUCCGGAUAGAUUACAUUCUGUUUAAGAGAUCUGAACAAGUAGAUGUGAGCUGUGAGUCUUUGAGCACUACUAAGGGUCCUGUCCCCGGACACCCCUUCUCUUAUUCUGACCACGAGGCUCUCACGGCUGAAUUCCUGUUUACUCCAAACAAAAAGAAGCAUGAACGCUCCGAGAGAGAGGUUGACAGUUUUCCAGAUAAUCUUCCUGAUCUGGUAAACACGGUAAAUGAAGCUCGCACUGAAGUAAAGGUGGGUCUUCACUGUGCCGAGCACAUGCGGCACACGGCGGCCCGUACAGGCAUCAUGGGUCUCGUUCUGUUAGUUCUCGAGCUAGCCAUCGCUGCCAUUCCCAUAUUUGCUCUGGGAGAUGACCAGCCCUUUCCUAAAGCCUCCUUCUACCUGCUGGGGGCGCUGUGUUUUGCCAUCCUGCUCUUCACAUCGCUGCUGUACAUCUUCUACAGUAUGGAGCUUAAAUCACUGCAAGGUGCUGAAGAUCAGAUGAGACUGGCUUUGGGAAGCUUACAGGAAAGAUUAAAGGAGUCCCCCAAGGGUCUGUCUUCGGUCCGUUCAGAAACUGUUCAAUUGAAAUCUUAGUUGGAUGUUAAAUUGACCUAUUAGACAGCAGUUGUAAAAAAGGACUCUAUUGGGCCACUAUGCUUAAGUCUUAACCAAAAGUGUUAGUUUAAUCUAGCGUUUUUACCUCAGGCCUUUGGAUUGACAGCCUGUUCAUCACAAAUGCAUUUAACAUGAAUAACUAUCCUCAGUGGAAAGUAAAGGGAACUCACAAUACUUCACGACAGAUCCAUUGAGAACGGACCACUAUGAAUUUCGUCUCAUUGUCUUAAAUUAUUCUUUGUUUACUGGUUGUUGUGAUUUUAUGAUCAUUGACCUGCUGGGCAGAAGUCACUGUUCUUUCUAUGUAGUUGUCUUUGUUUGUGUUUUAACUGUGAUUGGUUCAGGUUAUGUCCACAAGAAGGUCUUUUUUUGAAGAUCAGAAACAGACUCAUAUCUUCAGAUGUUUCUAUUGUGGUUGAUAAAGAUGAGGAACAUUUCACAGUUGAACUGUAGGUGGUGCUAUGAUCCAUUUAUUUGUAUAACCACUCCAUAAUGUACCUGUACAUGUUAAGACACUCUUCUCUGAUACUGUACAACACUUUCAUUACAUAACUGUAUCUUUUAUAAAGGAAAUAAACAAUACUUUCCA